CAGAAACAGAUACCGAGCGAGAAUACCAUUUACACUUGUCACCAUGAUACCGACCAUAACGAAGAAGUACCAGAACGUGGUGAUUAGCACGGGCAACAUCAUCGCCACGGAGCUGCUGGGCCAGCGCAAGUCGGAGGAGGAGCUGUACGACGGCCUGAAGCUGACGCUGCUCAGCGAUCCCGCGGCGGAGCGCGUGGUGGUGGAGAAGGAGAUCGACGAGCUGCACGGCCGGGUGCAGCGGGCCACCCAGGAGCUGACCACCCGGCUCACGGAGAACGGCCGCAAUGAGAUCAGCAUCGGGGCCAAGAUAUUCCUCAACCGCCGCUCCGCGGAGUGCGUGAAUCAGGCGGUGGAGGCUCUGCUCGGCAUACUCAGCGUGACGCACGUGGACAAUGUGGUGCUGGCCUACCACCCGAAUGCGGUUGCCAGCGCAACGCCGGUGGCCACAACCAAGUCGCCCUGUUCCGAGGGCCUCGCCGUCGGCAAGGCCAACAACUGGAGCCAGCGCAACGGGGAGGAGGGCGUGGCGCAGCUGAAGGAGCUCUACCAGAGCCUGGAGCAGUAUGCCCUCAAGCAGCAGAUCACCCAGCUGGGCAUCGCCGAUCUGGAUGCCGCGGCCCUGGAGGAGCUGCACAAGAGCGCCCAGGUGGCGCCCACCAUUGCCCAGGUCAACCUGUCCACCUGCUGCGUGGUGCCGCCGGAACUGCAGGAGUUCUGCACCGCCCACGACAUCCAGCUGAACACGCACAGCGAUCCGGAGCUCCUGCUGCCCGCGGAGCAGUUCGCCGGCCUGGCGCCGGGCUACACAAUCGACUGGUCGCUGCGCUACCAGGUGCACGUCCGCUGCCGAGGCGUUCUCACCGCCAAGGGCUAUAUUGUGGGCGCCUCGCGGUCCAGCAAUUAGAUUUAGAGAUCCCACAUCCAGAUGCUAGGCUAUAGUUUUAAUGUUUGUAAUGUAUGCUGUGUACAGUGGUGUACUUAUUGUUUGUUAUACAAAACCCAGAUUGAGGAUUCGGAGCCGAUCGAUUGAUUUUACUGUAAACGAUUUUUCAAUACUUAUUCUGAACAUAAAGCGUUUCAAAAACGACAA